UCACCAAAAUCCUCCAAAUUCACCAUUUUAGGAAUCUGUAUUCCUCGCUAUCUUUCAUUUUCUCUUUCUCCAAAUCCGCCUAACGACUUAAUUGUUAUAAAAAUUUUCUAUCCUGCUUAAAAUAUUUCGACCGAGAGUUAAUACCGAUGGAGAGAACAAACAGCAUAGAGAUGGAUCAAGAGAGAUUAACGGCGGAGAUGGCGUUUAAAGAUUCUUCAUCUGCCGUUAUACGAAUUCGGCGACGUUUGCCAGAUUUCCUAACGUCCGUUAAGCUUAAGUACGUGAAGCUUGGACUUCACAACUCUUUCAACUUCACCACCUUUCUCUUCUUACUCAUCAUUCUUCCCUUAACCGGAACCGUGCUGGUUCAGCUAACCGGUCUGACGUUCGAGACGUUGUCCGAGCUUUGGUAUAACCAUGCGGUCCAACUCGACGGAGUGACACGACUCGCCUGCUUGGUUUCCCUAUGCUUCGUUCUGAUCAUCUACGUGACUAACCGGUCUAAACCGGUUUACCUAGUAGAUUUCUCCUGCUACAAACCGGAAGACGAGCGGAAAAUGUCUGUUGAUUCAUUCUUAAAGAUGACUGAGGAAAACGGAGCAUUCACCGGAGACACCGUCCAGUUCCAGCAAAGAAUCUCAAACCGGGCCGGUUUAGGAGACGAGACUUAUCUUCCACGUGGCAUAACUUCAACACCCCCGAAGCUUAAUAUGUCCGAGGCACGUGCCGAAGCUGAAGCCGUUAUGUUUGGAGCCUUGGAUUCACUCUUCGAGAAAACCGGAAUUAAACCGGCUGAAGUCGGAAUCUUGAUAGUAAACUGCAGUUUAUUCAAUCCGACGCCGUCUCUAUCGGCUAUGAUAGUGAACCAUUACAAGAUGAGAGAAGACAUCAAAAGCUACAACCUCGGAGGAAUGGGCUGCUCGGCCGGAUUAAUCUCAAUCGAUCUUGCCAACAACCUCCUCAAAGCAAACCCUAAUUCUUACGCUGUCGUGGUCAGCACGGAAAACAUAACCCUAAACUGGUACUUCGGAAAUGACCGUUCAAUGCUCCUCUGUAACUGCAUCUUCCGAAUGGGCGGUGCAGCGAUUCUCCUCUCUAACCGCCGUCAAGACCGGUCAAAGUCAAAGUACGAGCUAGUCAACGUCGUACGGACACAUAAAGGAUCAGACGACAAGAACUACAAUUGCGUGUACCAGAAGGAAGACGAGAGAGGGACGAUCGGUGUCUCUUUAGCUAGGGAGCUAAUGUCGGUGGCUGGAGACGCUCUGAAAACAAACAUCACGACGUUAGGACCGAUGGUUCUUCCUUUGUCGGAACAGUUAAUGUUCUUGAUUUCUUUGGUCAAAAGGAAGUUGUUGAAACUCAAAGUGAAGCCGUAUAUUCCGGAUUUCAAGCUAGCUUUCGAGCAUUUCUGUAUACACGCAGGAGGCAGAGCGGUUCUAGACGAGGUGCAGAAGAAUCUUGAUCUUAAAGAUUGGCAUAUGGAGCCUUCAAGAAUGACUUUGCACCGGUUUGGUAACACUUCGAGUAGCUCGCUUUGGUACGAGAUGGCUUAUACCGAAGCUAAGGGUCGGGUUAAAGCUGGUGAUAGACUUUGGCAGAUUGCGUUUGGAUCUGGUUUCAAGUGUAAUAGCGCGGUUUGGAAAGCGUUACGGGUUGUUUCGACGGAGGAGAUGACGGGUAAUGCGUGGGCUGGUUCGAUUGAAAAUUAUCCGGUUAAGAUUGUGCAAUGAUUGAUGGACUGGAUAUGUGGAGUGUAAUCAUUGGUUUCAUUAUGUAAUUGUGUACUUCUUGAUAUCAAAUAUUUUUUUUGUAAGUUGUCGAUUGAAUAUUAUGAUUUAAUUAAUUUUAUGGAAUGUGUGUUUGCUAUAAAUAAG